AUGAAUACUGAUGCAAUAGUCUAUGGUUUGUGCAAUAGCAUCAACGACUAUCAAAUUCUAAAUGAGAUUGGCAAAGGGACGUAUGGGUAUGUCUAUCGAGGAAGAAGGAGGUCGGACGGGUUGAUUGUUGCCCUGAAGAAGAUUAAGCUUUAUAACGAGGGGCAAACGGGCUUUCCUAUCACCUCCAUUCGUGAGAUUCAAAUGCUUAGCUCGAUAGACCAUGAGAACGUUGUAAAAUUAGUAGACAUUGUGGUUGGAAAGGACCGGGAUAGUGUGUAUAUGGUUAUGGAGUUUUGUGACCAGGAUAUCGACUAUCUGCUUAAGAGUCAGAGUCGUCCGUGGUCUCUCUCCGAAGUAAAGUGCUUGAUUAGGCAAUUACUCUGUGCUGUGUCCUAUCUGCAUGAGCGAUGGAUCAUCCACCGCGAUCUAAAGACAUCGAACCUUUUAUAUACAAACCACGGGCAGCUGAAGGUCGCCGACUUCGGUCUUGUUCGUACGAUGGGCUUUCCACUGCGACGAGUGACGACGAACGUUGUGACGCUUUGGUAUCGUCCUCCCGAGCUCUUGCUGGGUUCUCAGCUCUACUCCUUCGCGCUCGACAUAUGGUCCGUGGGCUGCAUCCUCGGCGAGCUUCUGCUUCGACAUCCCCUGCUCUGUGGGAACAAUGAGAACGACCAGCUCCUGAAGAUGUUCGCUCUGCUGGGAUGUCCCUCCGUGCGAGACUGGCCAGAGCUCGAAGAGCUGCCUCAUUACAUGGUCGUGCAGCGAUACGAAGAUAAGUUCCCUUGUGAUCGAUUGCAGGAAACCUUCCCAAUGCUGUCAAGGAACGGAAUCGAUCUGAUGAAGCAGCUGUUAGAGUACAACCCUGACAAGCGAAUCACUGCGCAGCAAGCGAUCCAUCAUCCGUGGUUCAACGAAGCUCCUUUUCCUCAAGAUUGUCGACUCAUGCCGACUUUUCCUCCUCGUAAGAUCAACAAUAGUCGAUCGAGUGUUUGUUUACAAACAAUGCACUUCCCCCCCACAUCGUCCGGAAUGGAAUUGAAAAAGUCCUGGAGCGACACGCCAGGCUUCUUGGGAUACCGCACCACCGCCGUUUCGGGACACACCGUCCAUCCGGAGAAGAACGCAAGCUCAAACGUCGCGUUCACUCCUCCGUUCGGCGAUGGGUAUUUCUCCUUCGAUCAUCUCUCGCCCCCACAACCCACUUUGUACAGCCGAGCGGCCUCCUCGAAGGUCCUUCGCGACACAAACCGUCUUCGCUCGGUCAGCGCGUUGUUCUCUCCCAUUCCCUGUAAAUGGUGCAUUAGAUGGUACAUGUCGCGGUAUUCCACCGUUACCGGUUGUGCAUUCACGUUCGUUAUGAUGAAGCCCGCCUCCUAUCCCUCACGCCACGCACUCGUUCUCUACAACCAAAGCAUCGCCAAUCGAUCCGGGAGUGGGGAGAGGCGACACAUGGGGAGACAUCACGUUUUCUGUUCGCAUUUCCGCGGUUUCCAUCACAUCACGAAGUUCAUGAAGCGUCUUCGAGGAGAACAUGACGCCGGUGAAGUAUCCGUCAGGAAUGAGCACGCGGUAGACUUCGCGGAAGCAACGCAGAAUGUCGUUCGUCCAGUGAAGAUACAAGGGAGAGAAGACAAUGUUGACGGAGUUGUUUCGAAAGGGAAGGAACUCCUCGUUUACUUGAAUGUAGUUGGUCUGGAGAAAACUGUUCUUUUCAUUCUGGUAUCGAGAUCGGGCUAA